GCUGAUUAUCACAAUCUGUAGCUUAAGUCCAGGCGCAGCAGCAGCAUUAAGUCCUUCAGUGUGAGCAAAGACGAGGGGAAAGAUUCGGCAUGGCCCACAAAAGCGACUUUCAGUUCUCCAUCAGGGAAUACAAGCCCUCAGAUAAACAUGGGGUCAUGUCACUAUUUUGCCAUGGGAUACUUGAGCAUGUUUACCCUGCAUUUUUCAAGGCAAUAACCAACCCAGACCAUGUCGGCAUUGCUUUGAGCAUUUCGAUGGCUGGUUAUGUCCUCGGAGGAAGCUCCUACUUCCAAGCUUUGCUCUUUGGCAGUCUUUGGGCUGGCCUCAUUUAUUACUGCAGCCAUGACAUCUACAAUAGCUACAUGAUGGGGAGGCUAAGCACAGACAUGGCCAACAUUGCAGCCAACUACCUGGAAAUCCCAAGCAAUGGCUUCUGGGUGGCAGAGGCAAAUGUCAACGGCCAGGCCAAGGUGGUGGGAAUGGUGGCGGUGAUAGGCAAAAGACAGGAGGAGGAAGAAGAAAGAUUUGACGACUUGAACGGAGGAGUGAACAGCACAGAGUUUGCUCAAGAUGCAAGUGACGGAAGUUAUGGCCAGAUGUCUCACAUAGUUGUGGGUUUCGCGUGGCGUCGCAGGCACCUGGGCUCACAGCUAACACGGAAGGCCUUGGAUUUCUGCAAGGAGCGAGGCUUUUCCCGGCUUGUAAUAGACCUGAGCUCUCCGCAGACUGCAGCCAUUUCCAUGUGUCAAAAACUAGGCUUUGUUCAAAUGGCAUUGCACAGUAACACCCAUGCUAAUCCAUGGUUCUCCAAGGUAGCGAGAAUAAAUGUGAUGCAAAUGGAAAAGUUAAUUUAAGAAAAUGGACACUAGUUUGACCUUAACAUCUGAGAGUGAGCAAUCUGUUCAGUAAAGUCAGAUUAAUACAACUAAUUUAUGCUUUUUGUCAUUUUUAAUUCAAAGGAUUUCCCAGGUCUGCAAGCUAGUUGCACUUGUUAGCAUUGUAGGUUUGGUACGAAAAAAUAAAUAUCCCUUUUUCUCCACAACGCAGUAUCAACUA